AUGUCAGGUGACACGCCGAUCUCCAGUAUUGUGUCCAUCUUGAAUAACGACGAUCAUCCAUCUUUUGCUGUUCGGUCGAAUCAGAACCCAAAUCAGACACAGACCAGCCAUUCACCGCAAAGUCAGAGCCAAUACCAACAAGUGACGACUCAACUACCUCCGCCUUUCUGCGAGCCUCAAUAUGCUCGCCAGUACACAGCAUCUCAAUCUCCCAACACAUCACCGCGGGGCAGACAGCGCUCCUCGGGAUAUCCUACGGAAGCGCCGCAGGUGACCUCUCCUGGGUCGUCGGACGGCUCUUCCUACGGGUAUUUAAGCAGCCAAGGUUCCUCCAAAGCCUAUCACCCUUAUGCCCGACAGGAGGCCCAACAGGGGACCUUCACUUACAUCUCCCGGGGCCCUGCUGCCCCACGCACACCACCAGAAGUCCCCAUCAACCAGGACCCCGAGACGAAAAGCCCCAGAUCCCAAUCUGUGUCCUCUCGGGGAUUGGGCCGCAAGAGCAAAUAUCCCUGUCCAUACGCACGAAGUCAUGGCUGCACGGCCACAUUCACGACGUCGGGUCACGCUGCUCGCCACGGUAAAAAGCACACGGGGGAGAAGAGCGUUCACUGCCCGAUCUGCAACAAAGCCUUUACGCGCAAGGAUAACAUGAAGCAACACAUCCGCACCCAUCGAACUCGCUCGAAUGAUAAACCCUCCGCGUCGGCCGAGACGGACGCUGAUUCUCCGUGGGCCGAACCCCAUUCCGACGCCAACGAGCCGGCUGUACAUCUCAGUCGUUCAACGAGUCGCUCGACGGUCGCCAGUACCAUCACACCUUCAUCGAUCACUGGGCCACAAUCUUCCCUCAUGAAAGAUGACAGAUGA